AUGUCAAUGAAUUCCUUAAUAGGUAAAAGAAUAGCAUUACUAUUCCCAGGUCAAGGUAGUCAAAUUGUUGGUAUGGGAAAAGAUUUAAUUAAAGAUUUUCCUUAUAUUUCAAAGAUAUACAAUCACUCUGACAAGAUUUUAAACUUUUCAAUAUCAAAUUUAAUGUUUAAUGGUCCAUCUGAAGAAUUAAAACAAACAUAUAACACACAACCAGCAUUAUUACUUCACUCAUUUUCAAUGAUUAAAAUUUUAGAAAAUGAAUUAGGUUUUAUAAAUAAAAAUAAAAAUAAUAAUAAUAAUAAUGAAGAUGAUGAAUUUAAAGUAUCAAGUGAAUUUUUAAAAAGAUUUGAUUUUGCAUUAGGACAUUCAUUAGGUGAAUAUUCAGCAUUAACAACAUCAAAUUCAAUAAAAUUUAGUGAUGCAUUAGAAUUGGUUAGAUAUAGAGGUCAAUUAAUGAGUAAAUGUGAUCCUGGUGUAAUGUUUGCAUUAUUAAGUAAAAAGAAUAUGAUUGAAUCAGGUUCAUUACUUGAACUUAAAUCAAUAAUAAAUCAAAUUAAUAAUAAAAUUAAUGAAACAUCAAAUGAAAUAAUGAUUUGUAAUAUUUCUAAUAUAAAUUCACCAAAUCAAAUUGUAAUUAGUGGUAAUGAAAUUGGAGUUUCAAAAGUUAUAGAACUUGCAAAAUCAAAAAAACUAUUUACAAAAUCAGUUAAAUUAGAAGUUAGUGCUGCAUUUCAUAGUGAUUUAAUGAUUCCAAGUAGUGAUAAAUUUAAAUUAAAAUUAAAUACUAUAAAUUUUAAACAACCUGAAAUUGAUGUAAUUUCAAAUGUAAACUCUUUGCCUUAUAAAAAUAAUAUAGAUAAAACUUCAGAGUCAUCAAUACAAUCAUUAUUAUCAAGACAAUUAUCAUCAACGGUUGAGUGGACAUCAUCAAUUCAAUAUUGUAUUGAAAAAUGGGAAAAAGAAAAUAUACAAUUAAAAGAUUGUUAUUUUGUUGAAAUUGGUUCAAAUAAUGUAUUAACUCAGCUAUUAAAACAAAUUUAUCCAAAUUCAAAUUCAUAUAAUAUUCAAUCUUCAAAUGAUUUAAUUAAUUUUAUAAAAGAAUUUAAAGAUUAA